AUGUCGUUGCUAUUCACAGGCCAACAUUGCUACAAGUUGGCUAGUGAUGUACCUCUCGGUGAAGGCACCUAUGCGACCGUUUAUAAAGGGAGAAACCGGCAAACUGCUCAGAUGGUAGCUUUGAAAGAGAUCCAUCUGGAUUCGGAAGAGGGUACUCCAUCCACUGCAAUUCGCGAGAUCUCCCUGAUGAAAGAACUAAAACAUGAAAAUAUCCUAUCUCUGUAUGAUAUAAUCCACACCGAAAACAAGCUGAUGCUUGUUUUCGAGUUCAUGGACAAAGACCUGAAAAAAUACAUGGAAGUGCGAAACAACCAACUGGAAUGUGCCACUAUCAAAGAUUUCAUGCACCAAUUACUGCGUGGCGUUGCAUUUUGUCACCAUAAUCGUAUCCUGCAUCGAGAUCUUAAGCCCCAAAACCUGUUGAUUAAUGCGAAUGGACAAUUGAAAUUGGCAGACUUUGGUUUGGCACGAGCAUUUGGUAUUCCAGUCAACACCUUCUCGCACGAGGUCGUUACGUUGUGGUAUCGUGCCCCAGACGUUCUCCUCGGAAGCCGUAUGUACAACACGAGCAUUGAUAUCUGGUCUGCCGGCUGUAUCAUGGCAGAAAUGUAUGCGGGACGCCCUUUGUUCCCUGGCUCUACCAAUGAAGAUCAAUUACAGAAAAUCUUCCGCCUGAUGGGAACACCGUCGGAGCGUUCUUGGCCUGGGAUCUCACAAUUUCCGGAAUACAAACCAAAUUUUCUGGUGUAUGCCGCACAGGAUCUAAGUCUGAUCCUUCCCCGGAUAGAUAAUCUAGGUCUCGAUCUGCUCAAUCGCAUGCUGCAGUUACGCCCUGAGAUGCGGAUCAGUGCCGCCGACGCUCUUCGUCAUCCAUGGUUCAUCGAUCUUCUGCAACUUCGAUAUCAAAAUCAGCAGCACCAACAGGAACAAUAG